CACACUGAGCAACUCUCUCGACGCUUCUCUUAACUCGCAUCUCAACUCACUUCCAUGGUUAACGCCGUCAAGGUCUUCAAGAAGACUGCACCUAAUGGUAAGGUCACCGCGUACUUAAGUCGGCGGGACUUCGUCGACCACAUCACCCACACGUCCCCUGUGGACGGCGUGGUUGUUGUGGACAAUGACUACCUCCGCGGCAGGCGGGUGUACGCCCGUGUGGCGGUCACCUACCGCUACGGUCGGGAGGAAGAUGAGGUCAUGGGACUUCACUUCAGCAAGGAGAUGGAGGUGGUGAACACCGAAGUUGCUCCCAAUGUUAAUACCGAGGAACUCACUGAUGUUCAGGAGCGUCUCAUCAAGAAGCUGGGCGGCAACGCCCACGCCUUCACUGUCACUCUCCCCCAGACCGCCCCCUGCUCCGUCACCCUCGAGAGUGGCGACGAUACUUCUGCUCAGCCUCUUGGUGUAACCUUCGACCUGAGGAUCUACGUGGCUGACCGCAAGGAGGAGAACCCCCACAGGCGAAACUCUGUCAGCUUCGCCGUCCGUAAGGUUCAGUUCGCCUCUUCCCAGCCCAGCGCUCGUCAGCCCCAGACCUUGGUCAGCAAGAGCUUCACCUUCUCCCCCGGUAAGCUCAACAUGGAGGUCAGCCUCGACCGUGAUGUGUACUUCCACGGUCAAGCUGUAGAGGCUAAACUCUCCAUCAACAACUGCUCCAAGAAGACGGUGAAGAACAUCAAGGCUCAGGUCGUCCAGCAUAUGGAGGUGACCAUGACCAACAGCCACUUUAGUCGUGUUGUGUCGUCCCUUGAGUCCCGUGAGGGCUGCCCCAUCACCCCUGGAGCCAACUUCAACAAGACCUUCUCUCUCACUCCUGUCGCCUCCUCCAACCAGAAGCGCUUCGGCAUCGCUCUUGAUGGCCGGAUCAAAGACCAGGACGCCAACCUCGCUUCCUCCACCAUGGCGGCAACCGGUAAGAACGUCAAUGACGCCUUGGGCAUUAUCGUGUCCUACUCUCUCCGUGUGAAGCUCAACUGUGGCGCCAUUGGUGGAGAACUGGCUGCUGACCUUCCCUUCAAGCUGAUGCACCCUGACCCCACCGCCACCAAGGCCACCCUGCGUAAGAUGCAGUCCACCGACAACUUCGAGUUCGAAGAAUUUGCUCGACUCCGCCGCGGCCAGUCCGUCGCUGAGGAAUAAACUGGAAUCACCUGAGUCUUUCUCUCCCUCGCUUUAGUUUCUUUAAGUUCUUUCGUUUUUGUUGACCUUCAUUCGGCUUCUUAUUUUUUGAUUUAUUUUAACAAUGUUUUUGUUUAUCUAAUUAUUCUAAGUUUAUAGUUUAUCGUUAUUAUUAUUUUCUAAAAAAAAUAAACCAAACACCUCA